UUCUGUUUGUUCGUAUGCUAUAUUAGCGASUCCUUCUGAAGUCCUUUAUUUUUUCUUUUUCCUCCUUCUCUUUGACGGGUUAAGUGGUUUAGGCACCGUUUUCUGGCAGUGCUUUGUGUGCCCAGAGUUGCUGAGAUUUACUAAAGUUGCUGCUGGCCUAGUUGCCUGAAAGCCAUAAGGAAAAGGGCUGGAGACUACGUCAGACUUGCUGCGAGGAAGGCAUAAAGUAACUCACCUUUGGGCAUCAAGGCCAUCUGUUACAGCCCGAAACAUCAGUUGCAGUAGCAGACAUGAAAACAGCUCUAUCAGACUCCCAAGGUGACAUGGUGACUUGAAGAUUUAUACCGCUGUGCAGUUCUGUCCAAAACCAAUGGCGAUGAGCCUAUUUUGGUAACUUCUGAGUUAAUGGAAAACACAGUGUGGUGGAGGUACAGUAACCAGUAAAACCAAUAGAAGAAGAUGAUACAACUUUUAUUUCUAAUAAUUUGCCCGUGUGCCAUAAGGAAUGUCCAUAGUCACAAUAUUUCAAAUCCCAAUGCCAUUUUACUAAUGGCUGAUGAUCUUGGUAUUGGAGACCUGGGAUGCUACGGGAACAGAACCUUACGAACACCAAAUAUUGACAGGCUAGCCAAGGAUGGUGUGACACUUACUCAGCAUAUUGCAGCAUCCCCACUCUGUACUCCAAGUAGAGCAGCUUUCCUGACAGGACGAUAUCCUAUCAGAUCAGGAAUGGCUGCCCACUCACGAGUUGGUGUCUUCUUAUUUUCUGCCUCUUCUGGAGGGCUUCCUUCUGAAGAAAUAACUUUUUCCAAACUCCUGAAGCAGAGAGGUUAUUCAACAGCUCUAAUAGGAAAGUGGCAUCUUGGGAUGAACUGUGAAAGCAGUAAUGACUUCUGUCACCACCCCCUCAAUCAUGGAUUUGAUUACUUCUAUGGGAUUACCGUGACCAAUCUUAGAGACUGCAAACUUGGGCAAGGCAGUGUGUUUUUAAAAGGAAUUGGAAAAUCCAUUUCUACCUUAAUGGAAACCAUUGGAAUCACUCUAGUCUCUUUGGCAACAGUGCAUUUAAUUGGCUUCCUCAAAAUACCUUUCCGAGCAUUGGGCUAUUGCUUGCUAAUAACUGCUAUUUUACUUCUUGCUUUGUUUUUUUUCUUUUAUAAUUAUCGAUACCUGAACUGCUUCUUAAUGAGGAACCAUCAGAUUAUCCAGCAACCACUGUCAUAUGAGAACCUCACUCAGAGACUAACAAAAGAAGCUAUACAGUUUAUAGGAAGGAACACAAAUGUACCAUUUCUUCUUGUCCUCUCUUAUCUUCAUGUCCAUACUGCUCUGCACGCAUCAAAAAAAUUCAUAGGAAAAAGCAAGCAUGGCUUAUAUGGGGAUGCAGUGGAGGAAAUGGACUGGAGUGUAGGCCAGAUUCUGGAUGUUUUGGAGAAAAACAAUCUGAACAGUAAAACUCUUGUAUACUUUACAUCUGACCAGGGGGCUCAUCUUGAAGAAAUCUCUAGUUCUGGAGAAGUCCAUGGAGGAUAUAAUGGCAUUUAUAAAGGUGGCAAGUCAACAAACUGGGAAGGAGGUAUUCGUGUGCCAGGCCUUCUCUUUUGGUCUGGAGUGAUAGAGGCUGGUACCCAUAUUGAUGAACCAACAAGUAACAUGGAUAUAUUCCCUACUGUCAUCAAACUUGCAGGAGCAGAGUUACCCUCAGACAGAAUUAUUGAUGGACAUGAUCUGAUGCCCUUGCUUCAAGGAAAAAUUAUCCAAUCCAAGCAUGAAUUUCUCUUCCAUUACUGUAAUGCAUAUUUAAAUGCUGUGCGCUGGCAUCCAAGAAAGAGUGAUUCUGUUUGGAAAGUCAUCUUCUUCACUCCAAACUUCAAUCCUGAAGACUCCAAUGGUUGCUAUGAUUCUCAUGUUUGUUUUUGCUCUGGAAGGUCUGUCACACAUCAUGAUCCCCCACUCCUCUUCGAUCUCUCCAGAGACCCUGAAGAGAAAGUUCCACUGACUCCAGAAAUGGAGAGUCAUUUUUAUGAAAUACUGCAUGUGAUAGAGCAAGCAGUACAUAACCACACCAAAUCACUACAUGCUGUCCCUGACCAGUUAUCAUGGAACAACCUUCUUUGGAAGCCGUGGCUCCAGGUGUGUUGCUCAACCCUCUUUCAGUCUUGUUACUGUGACUAUGAGUCCAAAGAAAACCUGCCAGAGAUGCAUUUUGGAUAAAUGAAACACAAUUGAAAUAUAUUGGUAUUUCAAGUUAAAGCACCACAGUACUAACCUGUAUAACUAAAGUUUUUAUUAUGUAAAAUGACUCAUCUUUAAAUCCUGUGCCAAGAGGCAGUCAAGAUGCAUCUUUUUCUGUCUUUGAAGUAAAAGUGAGAAGCAUAGGUUGUCUGCAUGAGUACCUACCAUAUGUACGCGUAUGGGCAGCCUACCCACAUCUUCAAAUGGAUUGACUGCAGGCUUUUUCCAGAGGAAUUUAUUUUUCUGUAUUCUCAACUCUAGCUUUGUUCAUACCUAGCAAAGAAUUUACCUGUACCUUCUGUUGAUUGUGACUGUUCUAUAYGCACUCUGCUCUCCGUUUUCGUGAGUAUUAUCUGCCACUAGUAGGGCAUUGCAGUAAGAAAUUGUAACCAGACUGCCAACAAUCUUAUAUUGCAUGUGCCAUGCAAACGUACAGAGAUAUGCACAGUGGAGAUCCUUGCACCCACA